UACUACUAGCCCUGGGCCGCAUAACCAGAGUGAGAGAUUCCCUCUAAUACCAUUCAGUAAAGCCCAGAGCUGCAUGGCAUAAUGUCCCAUGUGAUUGCAGUUCAUGACAUCACAAUGCCCAUGACAGACUGGGGUGCUGCUGCUUGAAGUAAAGAAGCUUCCAGAAGACAAGUAUAAAGAUUCUGCUGAAACAUUUCAGUUGUGAUUGUCUUUUCUGAAUGAAGCCUGGAAAUGAUUCUGAGGUCACGUAAAAUUCCAGCCCGGUCUUCAAAAGAACCUAAUACUCCGAGGAAAAGGGCAGAAAGUAUCAAAAUAUUGACCCCACAGUCCACUAGCAGAGGACAGAGAAGGGUGCAGCUGAAGUCGCCCACUGUUCAUAAUGUAACUGUUUGGAAUGAUGCAGUGACCUCAUCCAGCAAAAAACAUACCAUCCGGCAAGCCCAACACUUGCACAAUUUUAUUGAAGAUGAAGACCUUCGAAUUCCACAUAGACAUCGAUCAGUUCGAGUUCAUUUCCAGCUGGAUGAAUCUUCCCCAGGAGAGGCUAGUAUAUCCAGCCAGCUUUGUCUCUACUCUUCUCCGAUCAACAGGUCUGGAAACCUUUUAGAUGAUUAUAGUCCACCAAACCAUACAGCAAUACAUCAAAACAGCAUUCCAGACUACCCAUAUUUCAGCGAGCUUCCUGAAGAAGAGGCCAGAGAGAAUUUUAAUCCAUACAAGUUUAUAUGCAGCGCCCAAGCUGCAUCAGGUAACCUGAGGAAGAGAAAGAGUGACAUUCCAUUCAAGACUCGCAGCGCUCCUGAGAAUACUCUGGUGUUAGAUUUGGAAGUCCUGGUUGAGAGCUCACUUCUUCCACUACCUGAUGCAGAGUUUACAUUUCUUACGCCUUUUCAGGAUACAUAUUACAAGGUGUAUCUUAAUCUGCGACCUCAUGUCAGAGAAUUCUUGGAUAAACUCUGCAAAAUAUAUGAGAUAUUUGUCUUUACCACAGCAAAGAAAGAAUAUGCUGAAAAGAUUUUGGAAAUCCUGGAUCCACAGAAAAAACUAAUCAGGCACCGGCUUUACCAAGACCACUGUGCUUGUGUCUCAGGUCAUUAUGUUAAGGACUUAAAUGUACUUCAUAGGGAUCUGGCCAAAACUGUUGCACUGGACACAUUGGCUUAUACCCUCCCUUUCCAUCUUACUAAUAGAAUUCUGGUAAGGCGUUGGACAGGAAACUAUACAGAUAAAGAACUUCUGACCUUGCUUCCAAUUCUGGAGCAGAUGACUCAAAUGGAGGAUGUGCGACUGGUGAUUUCACAUCAAUUUCGUGCUGAUGAUUUGGUAGCAUCAUAAAAAUUUCCAAAGUACACGAAUGAUACCAUAUUAAGGCGGAAUAAAUGUAAAUUAAACCUGCUAUGUCUUGUAUAUUUUUGAUAAUGGAUUUUUUAAAA